AUGAUAACUGCAAUUGAUGCUACUGAGUAUAUGAACAGAGGUGUAUCAUCUAGCCAUAUAAAUAGGAAUUAAAUUUGAUCAACAAGGAAAAAAUGAAAAAGCACUCCUAAAUUACAACACAGCCAUCAAAUUGAAUCCAAAAAAUACUGCUAUGUAUUAUAACAGAGGUAUAUCAAAUAGUCAAAUAAUUAGUUAUUCUAUUAGGUGAGCAAGGAGAAAAGGAAAAAGCACUCCAAGACUACAAUAUGGCCAUCAAAUUGAAUCCAAAUUAUGCUUAAACAUACUCUAACAGAGGUAUAUCAACUAGUCAUAUAUUUAGGAAUUCUAUUUAAAUAAAAAGGAGAUCAUAAAAACGCACUUGAAGACUACAACAUGGCCAUCAAAUUAAAUCUAAAUGAUGCGGAUCCGUAUUCUAACAGAGGUAUAAUCUAGUCAGAUAUUUAGGAAUUCUAUUUCAUCAACAAGGAGAAAAUGAAAAAGCACUCUAAGACUACGACAUGGCCAUCAGAUUGAAUCCAAAUCAUGCUGAUACUUAUUAUAAUAGAGGUCUAUCAUCUAGUCAUAUAAUUAGGAAUUCUAUUUAAUCUACAAGGGGAACAUGAAAAAGCACUCCAAGACUACAAUAAAGGUCUUCAAUUAGAACCAGAUAAUCCACUUUUACUUAAAAACUUAGGAAGUCUCUUUUUUAAAUAAAAAUAAUUUGAUUAAGCAAAUAUUUAUUUCACAAAAACACAAAAAUCAUUAGAUUAGAUUACUAAUCAACAACUAUCGAAAUGGAGUUUAUCUUAUUUAGAUCUUAUAAAUAUUCAAUAAGAACUAAACCUACUUAUAAUGAUACAAAUUUAGGUAUAAAUAACAGAUAUUUAGCUCAAUUAUUUAUCUAAAGAAAUAUAAAUAUAGAAGACUAUUUAAUUAAAGGAAUAAGCUUAGAUACUUGUAAAUGAAUUAACACAACAAAUAAAGCCAUUAGAUACUUAUUUAAAUCAAAAUCUAUAAACAGUUUACUUUUAGAUUUUAGAAAAAUUUGAGGAACGAUUUAAUGACUUUUAAAACCAAAUAAAUACGCUUGUCAAUUCAUUUUUAGAAUAAGAUAAAUUUAAAGUCUCUGAAUCUCUAAAACAACUAAAUAAAAAAGAAAAUAAAAAUUAAUAGAUGUAUUAUAAUGCUUUAGUCUGGUGAUUGUAUAAUUACCUAUCUGCAAUGUAAUAGAUUCCACUAACCUAUUUUAAAUUAAUAAAAAUGGCAUAAUCGAAGGUAAGUCUGAAUAUACUCUAAAUGUAGUUCAAAAGAUGUUAAUUACAGGAUCAUAGAUCUUUGGACGAUUACCUAUUGUUGGAAAUGCUUUUACCAUAAUUAUGCUGCUCUCGAUUUUGGAUUUGAAAAUCAUAAAGAGCAUAAAUUUACUAGAAGAUUAAGAAAACUAAAUAAUAUUUUAAAAUGUAGUUCCAUAGUACCUGGCCAAUUAUAAAUAGAGAUAUAAAUUGCAAGCUUAGAAUUAAGUAAAGAUUAAUAAGCUAAUUUGAUUUAUAAACCAAAAUCAAGAUUUAUAAAGUUUGCAGAUUAAUUGUUGCAAGAAGAAGAUAAAGAAUUCAGAGAUAAUAUUUACUUGGCAGCAGGUUCUGAAGAUGCAUUGAUUAUUUUAAAUUAUUUGGAAGCAAAUAGUGAUAUGAUAAUAAAUGAAAUAUUUAGCAAAAAAGUACUUUUGAGAUAGAUAAUAAUCUAAGCAAUCAAAGAAUAAUAUUAGUUAUCUGAAAAUAAACAUAUAUAAUAAAAAGGGAAUGAAAAUGAAAAUAAAGUUAAAGUAGCAGAUAAAAGCUCAUUAUGUAUUGUUUAAUGA